AUGUCUUCGCCCACCGACUCCCCCGAGAAAAAUGAAUUGAAGAACACCACCACUGACGCCAGCACCACCGACUCUAAUCCUCCCCUGGGCCAUGCACAAACAAACCAAUCCUCGCAUGUCGAUUACGGCCACUUUGGCCCCCUCGCCCAUGUCAACACCGCAGAGACCACGCUGCCUGCCUUCGGUGGUGAAUUCCAACCGGGUCUCUAUCGGUCUCCUAAGAACCGCAAGCUAGCCAAUCCCGCGCCCCUGGGUCUUUGUGCUUUUGCCUUGACCACCUUCAUGCUGGGGUGUAUCAAUAUGCAAGUGCGAGAUAUCACUGAGCCCAAUAUGGUUGUUGGCGUGGCGUUCUCUUAUGGCGGGUUGGUUCAGCUUUUGGCUGGCAUGUGGGAAAUGGCCGUCGGAAACACCUUCGGAGCCACCGUGCUCUCCUCUUACGGUGGAUUCUGGAUCUCUCUCGCCAUAACCUUCACCCCCGGUGGGUUUGGCGUCAUGAGCGCCCUCGAAGAAGCCGACGGAGGGAAAGCGGGCAUGUUCUACGAUUCCUUCGGCCUGAUGCUAAUGGGCUGGUUCAUCUUCACAACGCUCAUGCUCCUCUGUACCCUCAAGUCCACCUUUGCCUUCUUUACUCUCUUCUUCGUCGUCGACAUCGCUCUCCUCCUGUUGGCGAUUGGGUAUAUCCACCGCGGUCCCGACGGCCAACCUGCCGCGAAAAUCAUCAAGGCAGGCGGACUUUUCGCGCUGUUAGGUGCCUUCUUGGCUUGGUAUAAUGCCUUCGCGGGUGUUGCCGACGAUAGCAACAGUUUCAUUAUCGUGCCGGUGGUGCACUUCCCGUGGUCUGAAAAGGGGAAGGAGUCGAGGCGCGCGAGAGUGCGGGCUGCUAAUGAACAGGGCGCCUAG